CAAGGCAGAGGCAGAAGCCAUCGAGAAGGAGCUGCUGGAGGAUUAUCGCUUUGGGCGGCAGCAGCUGAUCGAGAUCUGGGGACAUGCCUGUGCCGUGGCUGUCACCAAGGCCUUCCCUCUGCCGUCGCUGCCGCGGAGACAGCCCACGGUGCUGGUGGUGUGUGGACCAGCACAGAACGGAGCCAUCGGGCUGGUGUGUGCCAGGCACCUCCGGAUCUUCGACUAUGAACCCACUAUCUUCUACCCCAAGCGCUCGCCGGACCCUCUGUACAGGGAUUUCACCACUCAGUGCGAGAAGAUGGACAUCCCCUUCCUCUCCUACCUGCCCACCGAG